GGAAUUCCAAAGAAAUAACACAUAAAAAAAAACAUUGAAAUAAUAAUUUUUUUUCAACCUUCAUACCAUUAGACAUAAUUUUCAAGAAAGAGAAGAAGAAAAAAAUAAUAAAAUAUAAAAUAAUAUAUGAAAAAGUAAUUGUUGGGUCUUGUGUUGAUUCUUCUCUGUGUGCUUCAUAUAUAAGAAGUUGGAAAAAGGCGGAAAAUUAAAGAAUAAGCGAGAGACGACUCUCAUUUUUCGUGGAAAUAAGAAAGAGAAGUAGAAAUUCAUAAUAGUGUUGCAAAAAUGUUACCGCAGCAGUAUUGUUUAAGAUGGAAAUAUCAUCACAGCAAUUUACAGACAAUGUUCUCACAGCUAUUAGAUCGAGGAUGCUUUUGUGAUGUAACAUUGGCAUGUGAUGGACAAACGUUAAAAGCUCAUCGUGUAGUAUUAUCAGCAUGUAGUACAUAUUUCGAUUCAAUAUUGACAAAUUGCAACAGUGAAAAAGAUCCAAUAAUCAUACUAAAAGAUGUAAAGUUCAUGGAUAUAAAGUAUCUAGUUGAAUUUAUGUAUAAAGGAGAAAUCAAUGUAGAACACAAUAACUUGGCAUCACUGCUUAAGACAGCUGAGGAGCUUCGGAUUAAAGGCCUCGCAGAAGUCUCGUGGAGAGAUGAUGACGGCGAAAAUCCUGAGAGUAACGACAACAACAAUAAUAAUGUUACAGAAACAAACAAUUCAUUUCCGCUCAUGGCACAGCCAUCAAAUCAUCAUCAUCAGUCGUCAAUAUUAUCAUCGUCAUCAUCGUCAACGAAUCAAAGUCAAAUGGGACCAUCAUCAUUACAAAGUGAAAGAAAAGAGUAUGAUAACAAAGAAAAUUUGCUUAAGGCAAUGCCAUUUUUAGCACCAUUGAGUUCACCAAAAGAUCUUUCGAAUAGGAAAAAGAGAGGAAGACCGCCAUUAGAUGAGUCCAAUAAUUUCGCACGAGGUCCAAAAUAUGUUCAUCUCAUUAACCAACAAUAUUAUGAUGAUGAUAAUGAUGGCAAGGAGAGUGCUUAUGAUUUAUCGACAUCAGCCUCAUCAUCGAAUACAACAAAUCCUGUUACCGCUUCACAUCCCUCAUCAGUUCUUAGUCGUUUAAUUCAAGAUGAUAAUAUUGCUAAAAAUCAUAUUCAAGACACACAUGAGAGACUUAAUGGACUUGGCAGUUCGUCAAAGAAAUCACAAAAACAUUCACCAAUUCCACAUUCAUUUACAAAUAGUUCAAAUCUCGUUACGGUUAUGAUGGAUGAGAAAAAUCAUGAUUCCGAUGACCAUUCCUUUUAUAUGCAUCUGAGACGUGAUGAAAACGGACACAACGCUGACUAUGAUGAAGAAUCAGCAAGCCAAAAAAUCAUUCCAAAAGUCGAACGUGCGGAAACACCAGCUGAUCUUACCGAGGACGAUGAGAGCGCCAUGAGAGACUCAACAGACAACACUCUGCAAUCAAUUUUCCUCACACAAGAAGAACGCGAAGAAUGGAAGGAUGUUAUCAAAAUGAAUGAUUACUUAACGAAAGGUAGACGACCACAAUUUUGGGAGGAGAAUUAUGUUAAGAGAGUUUUAGAUGCUAUAAAGAAUAAGAAUUUGGAAAUGAAGAAAGCUGCAAAAUUAUUGGGGGUGUCUUAUGGGACACUUUAUGGACGCUACAGAGAGACUUACGGCUGUCUAAAGCAUCCUUACAGAGGCCCACCAGGAAGCUACAUGUCACGCAUGAGAGACAUUUGGCCAAGUGAUGAACCUAGUGAUCUUUUAAAUCUCGUACAGCGGAGUCGAAUGUCAAUGUUACAGAGUGAUGAAAUGAAUGGAGCCAACCUAAUGGACAUGAUGAACGAUGAGGCUAUGCUAGAGCAUUUGGCACCGAAUCUCGCAAAAUCAUAUUCAAGAAAAAUGAUGAACAAUCUCGAUGUGGCACAUCUAUUGAAGCAAGUUCAGUCAAGUACAAAUCACAAAAUUCCAUCACCAUCAUCAUCUCACUCUUUAUCUCCUCCACCAAUUCCUCACAUAUCUACAUCACCAAAUCAUCAUAUUCCAAUACCCUCAACAUCAUCCGCGUCUAGUUUACUGGGGACACCUGUUGCACCAUCAACAAGUAUUGAGUCGUUUCACAAGUAAACUUUUAACUGUUCUUCUUUUUCUACAGUCAUCAUCGUACAUACUUUUCUCGUAAUGUUUUCCAAUAUUUAAUGAGAUGAAAAAGAAAAAGGCGCAAAAAAAGAAAUUAUGUGCAAAUUUUAUUGGGAUUCUCCCUCAUAAAGAUUCAUAUAUUCCUUGUGUAUAGCUAGACAUAAUAUUUAAAUGUAUAUGUAGUCUCUAAUGUCUCAAGUUACUUAUUAACAUGAUAAACGAUUAAUGUUUUAAUUGGGGGCCUGUUUACUUAUUGGAUCGACCCUCAUUCUCAUCUUGGGCAGGUGUUUAGGGCUUCUCAAGCUUACCUAAUCAUAGUUCUUAUUCUAGAGUGUGUUGCCUUAAGUAGCAUUAGAAACCGGCCCAUAAGAUUGAAUUUGAGUGAUAAAUCAAUUUUGCGACCCGAGGAUGAUAGAGACCUCAUAAGUGAUCAAGCCCUUAGGUUGAAGAUAAAAAAAAACAAUAAUGGAUAUGAAAAAGGCCAAAACUUAGAUUUUGUUUCUUAUUUUUUUUUAUAAUCAAGAAAACUUGUUGAUUUAAACAUUAUUUUAAAGAACCUAGGUCAAGAUGAAUUAGCUAUUCGUAAGAGAAAAAGAAACCAUUAGAGAUGUAAGACAUAAAGAAAAGAAUCAGUAUUAUUUGUCUGAUAAAUGUUAAAUAAUACUAAUCCAUUGAUUCAUAAUCACACAAAAAUUAUGAUUGAAUAUUUAAAGGCACCUUCUGUAUAUAAAAAUAAAAAAUUGUGACUGACAUUAAGUAGGAAAAAAAAUAUCAAGCAGAUACAAUAGACAAAAAUGCAUUUCUUUCUUUAUAACUCAUUAAGGAUGUCUCGUCUCACAGAAAUUUUAAGGAUAAUUUGUGCCAUUCCAGAAUAUUAAUUUAAAUAAAAAGGUUUACUUUAC